AGGCAGAACUAUUUCAUGAUUUGAAAAUUAAAUUUAAGGGCUAAUUCAUCACUCCUUAAUAACCUACUUUCUAAUCACCAUUAUUGCAGUGGGCUUAUUGGAACUAAUCCAUCCAAAUCGUGUUAGAGACCAAUUUCCCAUAUUGCAUUUGAGGAUUUUUUUCCUCCCAUCAGGCAGGUGCACAAUCUGAGUUGUUAAAAAAUAAGCAAAGCCGAGUGGUUAUAGAGGGAUCAGAAAGGAUGAGAUCGGGGAUGCCGUGUCCCGAGCUGAGCUAAGUGGCUGCAGGUUUCAGUCUUUGGCCUCGCAAUUCUUCCACCAAAGCUGGACUUCACACGGGCACCAUGGACAGCAACAGCACGCUGUGGAGCUCCGGCUCUCCUCCCCCGUCCAUCCACGGCAAGAUGCUGACUAUCACGCCCACCAUCUUCCCUCGGGUGGGCUACAGCAUACUCUCCUUCCUCAUGUUCAUCAACACGGUGUUGACAGUUUUCAACAAUGUCCUCGUCAUAACCGUGUUGGUGAGGAAUCCGUCCCUCCUCCAGCCCAUGAACGUGUUCAUCCUCAGCCUCGCCGUGUCGGACCUGAUGAUCGGCCUGUGCGGCUCCCUGGUCGUCACCAUCACCAACUACCACGGCUCCUUCUUUAUCGGCCACACAGCCUGCAUCUUUCAAGGAUUUGCAGUCAAUUAUUUCGGUCUGGUGUCACUCUGCACUUUGACCCUGCUUUCCUACGAGCGCUACAACGUGGUGUGUAGACCGAGGAAUGCCCUCAAGUUGAGCAUGAGGAGAAGCAUCCACGGGCUGCUAAUCGUCUGGACCUUCUGCUUGUUUUGGGCGGUGGCUCCCUUAUUUGGCUGGAGCGGCUAUGGACCCGAGGGAGUCCAGACCUCCUGCUCUCUGGCCUGGGAGGAGAGAUCGUGGAGCAACUACAGCUACCUAGUCCUCUACACGCUCCUCUGCUUCAUUGUACCUGUUGCAGUCAUCAUCUACUGCUACGCCAAAGUCCUCACUUCCAUGAAUACGCUGAACAGGAGUGUGGAGGUGCAGGGCGGGCGUUCCAGCCAGAAGGAGAACGAUCAUGCCGUCAGCAUGGUCCUCGCCAUGAUCAUCGCGUUCUUUUCUUGCUGGCUGCCCUACACGGCACUGUCAGUGGUAGUUGUCGUGGAUCCAACGCUCUACAUCCCUCCACUGGUUGCCACCAUGCCCAUGUACUUUGCCAAGACCAGCCCCGUCUACAACCCCAUUAUCUACUUCCUUUCCAACAAGCAGUUCCGUGAUGCCGCUCUGGAGAUGCUGUCGUGUGGCCGCUACAUCGCACACAUGCCCAACACCGUCAGCAUCAACAUGCGCUCCCUGAACAGGAGGAGCCGGCUGAGUUCCCUAAGCAGGAACGUCAACUCGCACAGCAAGGUGUUGCCUCUGUGACCGUGCUCAGCAAAAACAUAUAUUCAGUGUUUAUCAGACCUGCUCAUCUACAGGCGCAUGUCUCUCAGAGAGGUCUUCAACUGAUAGCUGACUUUGACAAAAUAGAUGGGAAGCCUUAUGAAUAACGUCUGAUUUGUUUAGAUAAGUACACUGGUACCUCUUUCAUACUGAUGUUUACAGGUGUGUACUGUAUGCAUGUGGGAAAGUAGCCCAAAAAAUGGCAUGCAUUGUUGGAAGUCAAUUACUGCUGAAGAGAGAAAGAGAGAGAGAGACUGUGAGGAAGUGAGACCUUUGACCCCUGCAUUUUUGUUGCUAAAUAAAAUGUAAUUGACUCAUUUUAUUUGUAAAAAGUUACUUCUUCCAUUCUAAAAGUCAGUUACAUGUGUAGUACUUUGGGGGAGUUGGGUAAUCUUUCCAUGUCAAUAUAUAAAUAAAUACAAACAAUGUCAACCAUUGCCAGCUCUAUAUUUAAGUUGACUUAUUAGAAGUCCGCAGCACAAAAUCAAUAAGAUUGCAGUUAAUAUAAACAUAAUUCCCCUGAAAGAAAGUUGGCGAAAAGGGGAUUUAAUCACUACAAUUAUUUAUCAGUUUCUGCGACUUUGCAAAUUAAACAAUGUGCUAUUAAUGAGAUUGCAUGGCUGUCCAAAUAUAUGCGACAGAUUAUUCUGAUUAUGACAGUUUAUUCAAUCUACUCUCCAAUACCCCCCAAAUAUAUGAGCUUGUGGUUAAGUAAGCCUGUACAAGGCACCUUGUUUAGUGGUAAACCACUCAGGCAGGAAAUACUGGAUUUUUAUUAUCCGGCCUAUUCGGUUGUCCAUUUCUCAUUUGUGUAUAUUUGUGACUGUUCAGAAAGAACUGGCAUGAUGACAAGAACUCAAGAGCCAAAAAGUCAGGAAGUGCUUGUUCAGUGACGCACGAGUCAAAACCGAUUUACCGUAAAGGAAGAUUGACAUGAAUCAUGGAAUGAACAAAAGGAAAAUUUUGAGAGAGUUUCAACGUCUGAGUGAUUUAUUCGAGCAGUACAUUUUUGAUCAAAGGGGAGUAAAUAUAGACUUAUUUUAUUCCAUUAAUAUAAGACAAUGUUCUUUUACAAGUUUAUAUGUUGGUUUUUGGUAGCCAUGAUUUGUUUCUAUUCACGUAACCAUGACUUUCACAAUAAACAUUUGCAUAAGGUCAGUGGUUCUAACAAUCAUAAUUUCACCCCAAAAACCAACAGAAAUAUGCGUCAUGUACCUGAUUUUCUCCAGAUAUCACACUUAAGACUGGAUUUCAGUUCACCAGCAUCUAAUUUAUCUUUUUGAUGGCGUUGAUGUGUCUUUCACUGAGGGCGAGCUUCUCUACCAGAGAGUCCAUAUAUGUGGAGUGUUGCAGUAAUAAUUGUCCUUAUGGAACCUUCUCUCAGCCAGUAAAACCAUUGAACUUCUCCCCACAUCGCUGCAGACAGGCAGCUCUAGGAAGAGUAGGGGGUUUAAAAGUAAACGUGCUCGCUUUCACAUAAUCACUCACAGCAUUCUCAGCUGUGAGUGCUUCUAAAGACAUUAUGUGCAAUUAUUUGAAAUAACCACAGGUUGACUCCAACCGAGCUGUAGAAACCUCCCAGAGGAAGGGAGA